AUGCAUGGCCUCGAGUACGCAGUCCAGUGCCUCGGCUGCCUCGGCCUCGCCUACCCAUGCGACGUCUGCCACAAGCUGUCGCCGAUCAACCAUGGCCGUGCGGGCCUGCUCGUGUGUUGGCACUGCGGCUUCAUGGAAGUGCUCGAAGAGUCCGUGCGGAAGGCGCUUCAGCUGCCGCCGUUGACGGUCGAGGACGCACUGCGCAAGGAAGUCGUGCACAUUCGAGCCGUACAGGAGCAGCUCGCCGCAGCCAACACUCCGUCCCAGAUCAGCUCCGCGCCGACGCUUCGCGCCAAGGUAUCGGCGCUCCGAGGGUCGUGGGUCGCCUCUCUACAUGGGCAAGAAGAGGCACUGAAAGACUCUGUCACAUGCAGCCUCACGAUGCUCAAGCUCUUGCCGUCAACGGCCGAGACGACACUGGAGGACCAAGAGUGGAUGGCAACGACCAUCGAGUCGUUCUUCCAGCAACGUGCGCAACUGAUCCAGCUACGAGAUGCGUCGACGCAGGCGCUCGAGCUCGAGACGCAGCUCGUCGCCAAGAAGUCGCUGGGUGCAGCAGCGCUGAGCCACAUGCGGCGCUACGAGCCAUCCCAGGCACAGCAAUUCGAAGCGCUUACGUCGCCUUUCUGGGCACUUGUGGGAAAGGCCAAUGCCCAGCUUCGGCGCCUCGUGGCGACUGCCCGCGACCUCGAGUCCGCCGAGCCAUCCUCGACAACUGCGAGUACGACUGCAACGUGGGCCAACCCGCGCAGUCGGCGGCGCGCCCGUCCGGUGGCCACUUGCGUGACACCCAACGACCUUCGCCUCCGCGUGAUCGCAGAAGAGUUCCAGCUCUGGCGCCACAUCUGCCGUGCGAUCGCUAGCGUCUGUUGCUCGGAGCAGUAG